UGAUGUGGUUGUGACAGCACAGUGACGUCCAAAAGAUUCAAGCAGAAUGAGGCUGACCAGGGUUUGUCUGGGUUACUUCAGACGCUACGCUGAUCGUGAAGCUGCAAAGUCGACGGCUAUUAUUGUGAAAAAGCCUGUUCAGGGUUGGAGGGUGAAAAGGAUAAAGCAGUCGUACCACUACACUGAGAACAGGCCAUGGACAGACGCGGCCAAACAGGCCAAUGCAGUACAUAUCAACAGGCCACGUCUGUACUUGGAACCAGUGAAGGAAUGGCCGAUAUUCUUGGGGGACAGAGUAGAAGUUCUGGUUGGGCGAGACAAGGGGAAAAUUGGACAGGUCAACUCUGUGAUCAAAGAGAGGAACUGGUGUUUUGUGGAAGGUCUCAACUGCAAAUAUGAGUGGGUGAACAAGACAGCCACCAAUCCUGGACAGAUGAUGAAGAUUGAGAAGCCAUUGUUAGUAACAACAGAAGUGGCCCUUGUUGAUCCAUCAGACAAUCAAGCGACGACUAUAGAGUGGAGGUACACAGAGACAGGGUAUAGAGUGAGGGUGUCAACACGGACUGGACGCAUCAUUCCCUUCUCACAAUUAUCAGAGGUCGUGGAGGAAGACUUCAUCAAUCAGAAAAAAUAUGUUGAGAAUGAGGCAAAAGACACAACAGCUAAAGUGCUAAAGAAGAUAACCUAUGAGCCUAAACUGUGCAGCUUUGAAGCAGAUAUAAUGGAGAAGUUUGGCAUCAAGGAAGAGCGUAAACCUGCUCCGACGUUCUGGUACUGAUGAGGAUAGUAUAGACGAAGGGACGUCUCACAAUCAUGGCGUGUGUUUGUGUAGGAAAGAAACAGUCUGGCCCUGUUGGGUUCUUGUCAUCCAAACCAUCUAUAGAUACAUCAUUUGUUUAGUCCAUUCUGACUGUUAUUGUGUUGGCCGUGAACACGGAUGGCAUAGUUGUCUACAUGGAGGGGAAUGUUUGACCAGUGCUUCUAUUCAGAUUCUUGGGUAUUUUAUGACCAGGACAUUAUAUGGUACUCGCCAUGACAUUAUUUCUUUUAGAUGCACGGAUACGGUGUUGAAAAUGUGUCCUCCACUUUCCAGGAAUAAAAAAAUAAAUAACUGUUUUGUAUUUUGUUGUUAGUGAAAAUAAUGAUAUUAAAAUAUGUCCGAACGAUGAGAGGACAUUGUAUUGAUUAAGAAUCAUGCAGUGUGAAU